AUGGAGGCCCGUAUGAUGGUCUUUGAGCCGGCUCAAAACCCCGAUCCUCCUCCGCCCGCCGACUCCUCGCUGCCCGAUAAGGAUAAGAAGAAGCGUGUCCGACGAUGGCAUCACCGCGGCUUCACGGGCUGCUCGACCUGUCGCCGCCGCCAUGUCCGCUGCGACGAAGCUUCUCCCACCUGUCGGAACUGCACCCGGCUCGGUUUGGAGUGUGAUGGGAGUCAGGGUCGCAUGACGUUCAAGGUCUAUGGGCCGCCGCCGCCGCCACCGACCGAGCAACCUGCCCCGCCCAAGAAACGCGGCAAGUCGCAGAAACGAGUGAAGAAGGAGGAGCCUACGAAUGAUUCUGUCGACGGUGUGGUCGUCUCGCCGACGACGGUUACCGACUCGAAACCGCUGGUCUUUCGCUUCGAGAAUCCCGUUUUCUCUGUCGGCUCUGAAUCUCCUCCCUCCGACGAAGAUAAUACCAGGGUGAAGAAGGAACACGAUGAUGUCGAGUUUGUGCUGCUCCCGACAACGGGCAAUUCGGGCCCAAUGCCAAUCCAAUAUCGUUUUGAACAUGAAAAGCUGCCAGUUGCGUCAUUGGACAGCUUGCAGGGACGCUAUUAUACCCAUUUCGUUAAUGAAGUUGCUACGCUGCUGCUUAUCUACGAUACACCGACCAACGUAAACCCGUUUCGACGAAGUUUUCCCGAUAUCUCUCAUUCGUCGUUGUCAAUGGCGAGCGCAAUGGAAGCUCUGGGAGCGCUGCAUCUAGCCAACACUUCCACAGGUCAGGAGCGAAAUGUCCAUUUUCAGCACGCCAUGGGCAAGUAUGGCGAGGUCGUCAAGACCUUUAGAACGAGGCACGAAGUCAAUCAGCGAUUACGGCUUCCAGAUUUCGCCACCUGUUUAUUAUUAGCUCUCUUCGAGAUGAUGGACUCGCAGCAUCACAACUGGGCGAUCCAUCUCAAAGGCGCCCGUGAGAUUUACAAAUUUAUGUUUUCCCCGAACACCGACCCCGCCCACGAAGCCCAGCGCGUCGCCGAAAUGAAUCACCCACUCCGACAAUUCCUGGUUUCCCUCCUCUCCUACCUCGAUGUCGCAGGUGCGUGCGCUACGAGUGAAGGAACCGUUGUUGAAGGAAGUUACUGGAGAACACUUGGCGGCGGAUGGGAAUACAAUCUAGGGAUACCCAGCAUGUCGGAAGAUAGCACCGACAAUGGUCUACUGCAGGAUCUGCGCCAAUGCUGGUCGGUCAUGAUGGAAAUCCAGGUGGCCAUUAGCUCAUUUGGAAAGGCGAAACAGUCUGGAUGGGUGGCUCCUGAACAACAAGACCUCGUCUACCGUGGUCUAUUGCAGCGACUAGUGCAGUGGCGCCUCGAUGCCCCGCGAUGCAUACAGCAACUCGGAGAACUGGAUGACGAGAGCUUAUCGCAGUAUCCGCACCAAGACGUUCUCGAGUAUGCAGGCUGCGUUGAAGCCUACGAAAAGGCCACCCAUAUCUUCCUUCACAAGGUAGCCGCUGUCGCGCGACCCGAUAUUCUGCCGCAAAGAGAGGUCCUGGCCGCUCUCAGUACCAGAAUCCUCAACCUCAUUAGUAAGUUGGCAAAAGACGUCGGGCGCCUAGCCAUCUGCUGGCCUCUUUUCAUUGCGGGGCGUGAAAGCCGGGAUGAACGCGAGCACAAAUUUGUUCGAGAGACCAUGAUCGAUAUGCAAAGAUAUGGGUUCAAGAACGUGGAAAAGGGCCUCGAAGAGCUCGAAAAGGCCUGGUUCAAACAACGCGCAUUCCCAGAAGGCUGGGUAGACACCAUGGACGAUGUCCGCUCAUCGAUACUCCUUCCUUAA